GUUUUUGAAGCAAAAAUAAUUCAAAAACCUUGUAAUGUAAAAUUUUAUCAUUUUUUACCUUUAAAUCUUGUUGAAUGCCCAUUUAUCGUAAUUGUUUCUAUUGGUGAGCAUAAUCAUCUACCACCACUUCCUAUAAAAACACCAUCUACAAUUGUACAAGAUUUGGAAAAUAUUAUUAAUUAUGAAAAUUCAUUAGAAUUAACAGGACGUAAAUUUUUAACACGUCCAAUGCUUAAAGCAUAUUUAAAUGGCGUACAACUUAAUACAUUACAUCCAUCAUUUAAUAAUCAAUCAAAGCUUAAUUAUUUAAUAGAAAAAAAUCGAAGAUCUAAAUAUCCACAUGGACAGGAUAUAAUGGGUGUAAUUCAUGAGUUUAUUAAAAAUUAUCAAAAUGCAGAUGAUCCAUAUAUUCGUCAAAUUCGAUUUAUUGAUAAUGGGCAAUUGAUUAUUUUAUGCUUAAAAAAAGAACAAGCUAUUGCAUUAUCUGAAUUAAAGUAUUUCGAAAUUGAUACAUCUUUUAAACGUGUUCAAGGUGUAUAUAAAGAAUGGAAAAUAAAUGCGUUUAUUGAAAAAUAUUCAAAAACUUUAUGUUUUGCACGUGUCUUUGUUAAAAAUCAAACGAUUCAAACUUAUCAGCAUAUCUUUGAAGAACUUUUUACAAUUAUUGAACAAGAUAUAGGCCAUUCAUUUUAUUUUCAACAUAUUCAUGAACAAGGGCUAGGCUGUAUUUUAGCUGACACUGAAAAGGCACAAGCUAUUGGUUUAGGCAAAUAUCUUGCUAAUAAAUAUCCACAAAUGGACUAUAUUGAACAUCUUCAAAAUUUAUAUCGCAUAUGUUUUGUUCAUUAUAAAAGAAAUAUUAAAACAAAACCAAUUUCAAUUGAGUCUAAAAAAAUAAUGAAUGGAAUUCCAUAUUUAAAAACACAUGAAGAAGUUCUUUCAGCAUUAAAUCAAUUAGAAAAUAGUAAUGAAAAAGAAACUCAAGAUAAACGGCAACCAUGGGUUCUUUCAGCUAUAUCAUGUGCAUUUACAAAAAUUUCAAUGGAUAUUUGGAAUACAAUUCCUAAUAAUACUAAUGCUGGAGAAAGUACGCACGCUAAUAUAAAUAGAGAUGGACAAAAUCUUUCUUUAUUGGCUGCUAUAUACAAUGCUAGUGCUUUUGAUCAACGGCAAUGGAGUUCAGUUAAUAUACAUGAAUUAUAUAAUGUUCCAAGUUCUUCUAAAAAUAAAUCACAAUUACAACGAACAAAAGAAGCUGCACGACGUAUUCAAAAACGUAAAGAAAAAUCUACUCAACAUAAAGAACCUACUGAACCAAAAAAACGAAAACGUACAAUAACAAGUAAAGAAAAUAAUAAUUCUCAACAAAAUUCUGAUUUUGUUAUUCCGGAUGAUGAAGAACAAACUCGUUGGUUAAAUUGGGAACAAAAAAAACUUGAAAUUCUUGAACGAACAGUAGCUUUAAAAGAAAGAUUAAUUGAAUUAAAUCAACAAGAAAAGGAGCAUUUAAAUAGUUCAUUUUAA